AUGAGUAGCAGGCCUGCGGUCAACUUCGUCGUCUUCAUCGCGACACUUUGCCUUGCUCACGAUGAGCAACUUCAAUCGACCGAAGGCCCCCUGUGCUGUCUAGACGCCCCCGAGACUUGUAGCCCAGUGUCAGCGGAUCGCACAACUAAGAUUUCCCUUCCUCUGCAUGCGACUACGGUCAAGGCGGGGUCCUACAUGGUGAUUCACUUGGGCGGGGAGACUCGGGGAGAGGAAGUGCUGAUUCGCAUCGACGGCAGGGAGUUUGUUCGGCUCCCAGGCAAGCCAGCAAUCACCAUGACCAUCCCACGUAGCUUGACAGGCGAGCAUCUCUUUCACGCUACGAGGUCAGAGCAGGAGGAGGGGGAUCCUUCAGCAGCAUGCGUCUGUGCUUGCAUCGGAGGAGCUGCCUCACCUACAGCACCUGAGAGACCCUCGCUGCUCCUGUUAGCGCCCGAGAACGGAACGAUUCUACCGCCUCCCAGUCACCUUGCAAGGAUGACGUCAGCAGGGCACGCGCUCAUGCUCUCCUUUAGCUUUGCGGGGGUUUCCCUGGGGGUCGGGGAGCAUCGAGCGCACGUGCGGGUCACGACUGCUGGCAAGGAUUCGAGCUGCUCGCUGUCCCCUCCUGGGGUCAACGAGCUCUUGCUGAGUCCUGACGAGGUCGAGUUCGACAUCCUUCAGCUCAUGCUGCAGCAAGCCUGCUUGACGGAGGGAUGGAGAAAGGUGGAGAUUGCUCUCGUGUCUUGGACAGGAGCAGUUUGCAAUCAUUCUCUUCCUCGAGCUUGGAGUUCGAAUCCUCUUCUCCUCCGCUCUGUCUGGUUUCAAAUUUCGUCAGAAGCAGCAUGGAAGGCAACGUUGAAUGACGAGCGCGUGGAGCCUAAGGAUAGUGGGGGUCAGGCAGUCGCGCGAUCAUCUUACAGGAUUCAGAUCCUCCAUCCUCAUCGCUUGUCUUGUUUCUCUGUCAGGGAAGUUCCCAGCCCUCGCCAUCAUCGCAAGAGCAGGACGAUCCCACUUGUCUCGUUGAACAGCAGCAAGGCGGUCCUAAACGCGCCAACCAUGAACUUCAUGCUUGUCCUGAGAUCCUCUCCGUGCUUGGGGGACGGCAGAUUCAGUUUGUUUCGCAUUGCUGUCAACGACUCUAUCGUAGGAGAAGUCUCCUCUAGCUGCUCGCUCGAAAUCCCUCUGCUUGUCAAAGAGGCUGGACGUUGCUCUAUCCAUAUCAGUCUGCUCGUCCUCCCGCGGUCCGCUGGGUCCUCUCAGUCGUUCGACCAAGCGGCAGCCGAGCUCGUAGCUGAUGCGAGGACGGAGGUUGAGAUGGUAAGUGGGGUGGGGAAGGCGGCGGAUGGGAGCGGAAUGAGUGGGAUUGUGGGAGGGAACCAACGCCGAGGUUCUCUCUACAGCAGCUGGGAUGGUCUGAAGACUAUGGCCGCACUCGCUGAAGUUCGCAUCACUCAUCCUGUCCAUGGCUCCACCUUCGCUCUGCCCUGCAGACCGGGUGAGGUUGAGCAUGGAGGACUGACGGCUGUCGCUGAGCUCCACAACGUGGCUAUGGGCAGCGGGGCCCUGCAUGCUGUUGUGAGACUUGACGGCCGAUUGGUGAGGGAGGGAGAGGAGGCAGACGCUCGUCGCAUGCGAUGGUGGAGCACAAGGGUCGUCGUGACCCUCCCGUGGCGCAUGCUCGGGAUCGGCUCCCACUACCUCAGCGUGAGUCUGGUGGACGAGGAAGGGGUUGAGGCGCCUGCUGCUCCUCCUGCGAUCGUUGGCUUCCGAGUCGAUGCGGUCCGUUGGAGUCGAGAGGAGGGAGAGCUGGAGGUCUGCAAGAGGAGGGCGGGAGAGGAGGGAGAGGCAGAGCGGCAGGAGGGGCGAGUCUACCAGCAGAGGCAACUUGGGACUCUCGAGGAACAGUUGGAGGAGUAUGUUCGUGUGCAUGAUGGAAUCAUGAAGCUGGUCCUGGAGGGCAAGGCAGAGACAAGCUCGUAUGCGAGGAUCCUCGUCUACACUCCUCCUGACUAUGGCUGGGGCAACCGGAUGCUCGAUUUGGCUGCUUGCCUCCUGCUCGCCAUGGUCACUGACCGCGCCCUAGUAGUGAACUGGACUCGUCCCUUUCCCCUUAGCCACUUCAUCGGAAACGGGCUCCGAGAGGAGAAAGGAGCUGCUCGAUGGGGGAGAGGGAGAGAAAUUCGGUCCCUCGUCCCUAGAGCGAACGUCCUCGUGGACCUUGCGGUGGAGGAGAACCUGCAGCGUCUGCUGGUGAGCGGCAUACACCAGCCAGAGCGAGUCUUGUCCCAUGCUGACGGGCCAUCGUUGCAGAGCUGGGCAGAGGAGGAGGAGGACGCGGUUGUCAUGCCGGACCUGUCUCGCUGUCUGCACCAGAAGAAGCUGAGCGCAGCUUGUGAGGAGGGACUGGACACCAACAGCAGGGUUCUCUCCCUGUACUUCUCCUGCUCGUCGUGGGAGCUGCUGACGGCAUUGCGGUCUUGCAGUCGUUUCGGCCUCAGAUCUCUCCCUCGCAUCAUCUACCGUCACUCAAGGCUCAGCAGAAGUCACGUAAAUGUGGAGAGUGAGGACGAGGAGGAGAGUUGGAUGAGAGGGACUCGGGACUCGAGGAGCAGCGCAAGGGCGACGGCGAGGGAGGGAGGGAGACAGAGAGAGCGAGAAGAAGAGGAGGGGAUGGGUUUGGGGGGAAGGGAAUCUCUCGAUGAGAUUCUCAGCCCGGCAAGGGGUAUCAAGACUUGGCCAUGCAGCUCUCUCAGCUAUCUGGGAGCGCAUGCCCGCCUCUCCGGCGACUGGGACCCAAGUGGUGAGUGGGGAGGAGGAGGACAGGGAGGAGCUGAGUAG